AUGCCUCCGUCCAAAGCCCUCACAAUCCUCAUCACCGGCUGCUCGCCGGGCGGCAUGGGCGCGGCGCUGGCAGUAGCCUUCCACAAGGCGGGCCACAACGUCUACGCGACAGGGCGGGACCUCGGCAAGCUGACACCGCUCGCCACGCAGGACAUCAAGACGCUCGCGCUCGACGUGACGUCCGCGCCGUCCAUCGCGUCGGCCGUCGCCGCCGUCUCCGCCGCCCUGCCACUCGACAGAGGACUCGACAUGCUCGUCAACAACGCGGCGGCCAACUACACGAUGCCGGUGGCGGACGCGGCGCUGGACGCGGCCAAGGCCGUCUUCGACGUCAACGUGUGGGCGCAGCUGGCGGUCACGCAGGCGUUCCUGCCGCUUCUACUUCGUGCCACCACUGUCUCUGCAUCUUCUGGCAGCAGAGGGCAAGAAGCGCUCAUCGUCAACCACACAUCGGUGGGCUCGCGCGCGGCGCUGCCGUUCCAGGGCGUGUACAACGCGUCCAAGGCCGCGCUGGCCAUGCUGUCCGAGACGCUGCGGCUCGAGGUGGCGGCGUUUGGGCUGCGCGUCGUCGACCUCAAGACGGCCGGCGUGCGCACCAACCUGAUCGCCAACAGCAACGUCAACUCGUCGGCGGCAGAUAGUCUCCCGGCGGGCUCCAUGUAUGCUCCGGCCCGCGAGGUCGUGGAGGCUGCCAUGAGCCAGCAGGCGCUCGUGCACCGCGGGAUCCAGCCCGACGUGUGGGCAGAGGACAUGGCGGCGUUGUUGUUGGGGAAUUGGAGGGGCAAGCCGCCGCCGCCCGUCGUUUGGAGUGGUGAGAGUGUUCUGUUGGCGCGCUUGGCGCUUGCUAUGCCGUGUAAUUUGUUUGAGGGGUUCGUCAAGAAGAUGACCAAGCUGGAUGUUGUCGAGGAGAUUGUCAGGGAGAGCCGCAAGUGA